UAAACUCGUCGGCUUUCACAUUUGCUCAUUCAAGCAUUUCAUCAAACAGUUUACCAGCACUCACUACAUGGAAAUCACUUCUUUCCCAUUUCUUAGUCAGGAAGAGUUUCCCCAUAUCACUACCUGGUUCCCUGAAAUGGAUGACGAGUUCAGUGGGAACAACGACAAUCUGAAGAAGCGGAGGAGAAAGGACCAGGAAUUUGAGAUGGCUGAGUUAACGAAUGGUUGGUGUGAGGAUAUUCUUGCAUCGAUUUUGUUCUUAGAUGAGGAGGCGAAGCAGGAGCAGGAUCGAUGGUUGAUUGAAUCGGAGCAGGAGAAAGCUUGUCUCGAAGCAAAUCACAAACAGAAAGUGCAGGCGAUGAAUGAAUAUUACAAUCAGAUGCAAACCCAUUACUCUGAUUUGGACACUCUGGAUAAUUCGAGAACUAAACGGGCUCGGAAGUCGGCUUCGGCGGUUGCUAUGGCGGCGACGGUGGGGGUGCAGACUGAUGGGUCGGAAAUAAACCUGGCGCAGUCGGGUACCGGGUCGGGUCACCAGAGGCGGUUGUGGGUGAAGGACCGUUCCAAGGACUGGUGGGAGCGAUGUAAUCAUCCGGAUUUCCCAGAGGAGGAGUUUCGCAAGGCGUUUAGGAUGAGUAAAGCGACAUUCAAGAUGAUCUGUGAGGAAUUGGAGCCGGUGGUGAUGAAGAAGAACACUAUGCUUCGCGAGGCGAUACCUGUUCGCCAAAGGGUUGCGGUCUGUAUAUGGAGGCUGGCCACCGGCGAGCCCCUGAGGCUUGUUUCGAAACGUUUCGGGUUGGGGAUUUCCACCUGUCACAAACUGGUACUGGAGGUUUGCUCGGCGAUAAAGAGUGUCUUGAUGCCCAAGUUUCUUCAGUGGCCGGACGAAAACAGAUUGGAGGCGAUCAAGGAGGAAUUCGAAACCAAGUCCGGAAUACCCAACGUUGGCGGCUCAAUGUACACAACCCAUAUUCCAAUUAUUGCCCCCAAGAUCAGCGUGGCUUCAUACUUCAACAAGAGGCACACCGAGAGGAACCAGAAGACUUCCUAUUCGAUUACAAUCCAAGGAGUUGUCGAUCCGAGGGGGGUUUUCACCGAUGUCUGCAUCGGGUGGCCGGGUUCAAUGCCGGACGAUCAAGUCCUGGGGAAAUCCGCCCUGUGCCAGAGGGCCAGUCAGGGACUCUUGAACAAUGUUUGGAUGGUUGGAAAUUCCGGGUACCCGUUAAUGGACUGGGUUCUGGUCCCAUACACCCACCAGAACCUCACAUGGACCCAACACGCAUUCAAUGAAAAGAUCAGCGAAAUUCAAAAAACCGCCAAGGAUGCAUUCACAAAACUCAAAGGACGGUGGACUUGCUUGCAGAAGAGAACCGAGGUGAAGCUCCAGGAGCUCCCAAUGGUCCUUGGAGCCUGUUGCGUCUUGCACAACAUCUGCGAAAUAAGAAACGAAGACAUGGAUCCAGAGUUCAAGUUCGAGCUAUUCGACGAUGAAAUGAUCCCUGAAAACAAUCUUAGGUCUCUCAAUUCUAUCCAAGCCAGGGAUCACAUUGCUCAUAAUCUCCUUCACCAUGGCCUCGCCGGCACCGGUUUUCUAUAGUCUUUAUACAUAAUUUUUGUACCAUUUUUGCUUUUCCCUAUUGUAAUUCUUUCUGCUUGUAGUGGAAUAAAAAGUAUUUCAAUUCUUUGAUGGGUUUAAAACUUUUUCCGUAAAUUAUUCAAAAGAUCGUUUCUUUUUUCCAAUUUGAAUCAACCCCAAUUGCGAUC